AUGGUAGAGGAGGCAACGGUGACGCCCGGGCCCCGCACCAGCGCAGUAUGGGCUCUCACACAGCGUCGGUCUGAGGUGAUCUCAUCAUCGGAUCCGCGUUACCCGGAUUACAUCAUACGCGGCGAGUCAGGCUACCUCACUGGUAACCAUGUGACCUGCACUUUGCACAGCAGUCCCGACGUGCCAGAACAGCUGGAUGGUUCCUGCUCGAGACGGAAACUCACCUGCAAGUACCAGCAACUACAGCAGGGGUCUGUGCUGACGGCCAGAUAUGGCAACAGCAGUCACACAGGCGGUGUAGCAGUCCCUGCCCCGGCAGCCAGCAGGCCUUUAGAGGAGAAGCCAGACCCAGAGAACCUCAUCUGGAGAGUCUUGCUGGGCGAGCGGAUUGGUCCAGACGUGGGAGAGGGACUGUUCUCGUCGGAGGUGGGGCCAUUGGAGGUAGACCAUAGCAGCGUGAAGUUCCCCCUCAAAAGCUCACUGGGGGAGUUCAGUCUGGACCGGCGGAGGAAUGAUACUGGAGACCUGCUGUUCCCCAACAGGACGUUGCUGACAGGGAUGAGGAGCAACAACCGUACCAACAGAACCAGGUGGGAAGCCAGCAGCUGGAGUGAGUGUUCUCGUACCUGUGGUGAGGGCUUCCAGUUCCGUCUGGUGCGCUGCUGGAAGAUGCUGUCCCCCGGGCUGGACAGCUCUGUGUACAGUGAUCUCUGCACCCUGGCAGAACUGGAGAGGCCCCUGGAGCGCCGCGCCUGUAAGAGCCCCACCUGUGGCCCCCAAUGGGAGGUGGCCGAGUGGACUGAGUGUCCAGCCAAGUGUGGCCGCAGGGCCCAGGUGACCCGGGAGGUCAGGUGUUCAGACGAAACCAAGUUAUGUGAUCCCCCGACCCGCCCCCCUAACAUUAAGAACUGCACAGGCUCGCCCUGCGAGCGCCAGUGGACUGUGUCAGAGUGGGGGCCGUGCUCGGGGUUGUGCGGCCAGGGGAAGAUGGUACGCCACGUGUACUGUAAGACACCAGAGGGCCGUGUGGUGCCUGAAUCCCAGUGCUCUCCGGAGAAUAAGCCCCUGGCCAUCCAUCCCUGUGGGGAGAAGGACUGUGCCCCACACUGGCUCACUCAGGACUGGGAGAGGUGUAACACGACAUGUGGCCGCGGUGUGAAGCGGAGGAUCGUGCAAUGCGCCGGCAUCACCGCUGGGAAGUUCCAGACCCACGACGACGAGGACUGUGGUGCCAGUGAGAGGCCAGAGGACGAGAACACCUGCUUUGAGAGGCCCUGUUUCAAGUGGUACACCACACCCUGGUCUGAGUGCACUAAGAUGUGUGGUGUGGGUGUUAGGAUGAGAGAUGUAAAGUGCUACCAGGCUAGGGAGAUUGUGAGAGGGUGUGACCCCCUGACCAAGCCUGUGGCCAAGCAGACCUGCGCCCUGCAACCCUGUCCCACUGAACCCCCAGAUGAGAGCUGUCAGGACCGACCCACCACCAACUGCUCUCUAGCUCUGAAGGUGAACCUGUGCAGUCACUGGUACUACAGCAAGGCCUGCUGCCAUUCCUGCAGGGCCCAGCACGCCUCUUAGUAUUGCCUGACACCCCCAAAGCCUUUCCCCCAUAGUAGGCUACUCUACUUCACCACAGUAAGUUACUCUACUACACCACACUAGGCUACUCUACUACACUACAGUAGACUACUCUACUACACCACAGUAGACUACUCUACUACACCACAGUAGGCUACUCUACUACACCCCAGUAGGCUACUCUACUACACCACACUAGGCUACUCUACUAUACCACAAUAGGCUACUCUACUACACCACAAUAGGCUACUUUACUACACCACAGUAGGCUACUCUACUAUACCACAGUAUGCUACUCUACUACACCACACUAGGCUACUCUACUACACCCCAGUAGGCUAGUCUACUACACCACACUAGGCUACUCUACUACACCACAGUAGACUACUCUACUACACCACAGUAGACUA